AUGGAUAGAGUUGAUGUAGGUGAAGAUGUUGAGAUUAAGCCUCGGAAGGGCAUGUUAUUUAACUCAGAGAAUGAGGCUUAUGAUUUCUAUAACAGUUAUGGAGGAGCAGUGGAUUUUAGUAUUAGGAAAGAUUAUGCUCAUUGGAGCAACAAAGAUAGGACCGUCAUGACAAAUAGAAGAUUUGUAUGUAGUAAAGCUGGUUCUCAUGGAAAAGAUAAGAGAGAUGGUCUUACAAGUAAAUCUCGAGUUGAAACAAGAACAGAAUGUCAGGCACGGAUGACCAUACAUUUGAUAGAAAAUGGAAAGUACGAGUGUCAUGACUUAGUUGAAGAACAUAACAAUGAACUUCAUGUUGAGGGUACUACCCAUUUUAUGCGUUCACGGAGGCAGAUUUCUGAUUUACAUGGACAUGAAAUUAAUUUGGUUGAUGAUUCGGGAAUUAAGCCUAAAAACUUAUUUGAGUACAUGGGUAGGCAGGCUGGAGGGAUAGAGAAUCUGGGGUACACGAGUGAAAAUCAUUUGAACUAUCUUCGAACUAAAAGGCAGCGUUCGCUCAUUUAUGGUGAAGUAGAUUAUGCACAUUUUGGUGAUGUCAUUAGUUUUGACACUACAUUUUGCACUAACAAAGAGUGUAGGCUAUUUGGGGUAUUUGUUGGCUUCAAUCAUCACAGAGGCAUCAUUAUAUUUGGGGUUGCACUAUUAUAUGACGAGACGGCUGAAAGUUUCAAGUGGUUAUUUGAUGCAUUCGCGGAAGCACAUGGGCAUAAGAAGCCUAUAACAAUCUUGACAGAUCAAGAUGCUAUAGCGAAUGCAUUAUUGGAGACGUGGCUAAAGACAUGGCAUAUAAUGCAACAUGGCAUUAACCAUUUAGGAUAUUUAAUGAAAGAAGGCUCUUCAUUUCUCACUGAUUUGAAAAAAUAUAUAUUUCAAUAUGAGGAUGAAUUACAUUUUGAGGAAGCUUGGCAUAAAUUACUUACUGAUCACGGAAUGGAGGAUAGCACAUGGUUGAAUCGUAUCUACAAGAUUAGAUAUAAGUGGGCAAGCUACUAUAUAAAAAAUACAUUCACAUUAGGUAUGCGGAGUACGCAACUCAGUGAGAGUUUGAAUGGUGGUUUGAAGGAUUAUUUAAAAUCCACAAUGGACGUUGUGCAAUUUUUUAAGCAUUUUGAAAGAAUUGUCAACGAUAAGCGAGCUAAAGAAUUAAAAGCUGAGUUUGAUGCAAGGAACAAACUACCAAGAAAAAUGUUCUAUAUGUCACCAGUUAUGAAACAAGUUGGGGAAGUCUAUACUCCUUAUGCUUUUGAGCAAUUUCAGGAGCAGUAUAACUGGGUGUAA